AUGCUACAUAAGGCGAGAGAAGAAUACUACUCAACCAUUAUACGUGAUAACGCGCACGAUCAGAAAGUACUUUUUCAAACAGUGGAGAAGUUGUUACAAAAAAGCUCGGUUAGACGGUAUCCUUUGGCAAAUAGUGGUCGCAAAUUCGCUGAUGCAUUUGCUGAUUCUUUUCUCGCUAAGAUUUAUGGUGUUCGACAGGACGUAUUAGCCAGAAAAGCAUGUCUGGGAAGUUCCCUGAUGAAUUUGACGAAGUUACUUGUACUUGGAAUUUUAGCUCCUUCAAUAUGCAAACUGAAAAUGUCGUGA